CGUUUAACAAAGAAGGGCUAACUCCUACGAACUAUAUAGAACAGUUGCGUCUACUAAAUAUGAUCGAAGAUUACGAUAUGCAGUCAAUACUAGCAACAUAUACGAUAAAGGGAGUUACCCUUGUACCCGCAGAGAAAGAUUACCAUUACUUGAUAAGUUUAUGUCAAUUUAUCGUACCACCAACACUACUCGAGAAAGAUAAUUGCGUCAGAGUUUCGGUCGAUCGUUUUUCCAAUAAUCGCGGCAUAUAUGUGGAGCAUAUCAACGGAUUAGUAGAAUCGAUCAGUGAAAAUGCGAUUACUAUCACUAUGCGAGAGAGGGUCCGCUUCCAAAUGCCGUGCUCUGUCGAGUUUUUCCUAAACCGGACCCGGUAUAAGCUGGAGUAUAAUGCACUUGAUCUACUACGUUCGGUGGACUUGACAAAAUUUUUGUUCCCAAAGACCACUUCCAGAAACCCCGGAGAGCAAAUAAUCGCUUCUGUACCGAAGUUCAAUUGGUUUCAGACUUUUAUCGGAACAAACCGAGAGCAAAUGAGAGCUGUCCGGAAUAUAGUACACAGGACCUCUUUUCCGGCACCCUACAUUGUUGUCGGACCCCCAGGCACUGGGAAGACGGCCACCAUCGUGGAGGCUGUACUACAAAUCUGGAAGACCCAACCUCAAGCACACAUUUUGCUUACUGCACCCUCCAACAUUACCUGUGAUGAGCUUACCGAGCGAUUGAGAGUAUUUGUUCCUGAACGAGAUUUGUUUCGGUUUUAUUCACGCUCACAGGAACAUAAACUUGACAGUGUGGAUGUUAAUAUUUUGGCGCUUUCUAACCUUGCGACGGGCGUUCAUGAAAUUCCAUCGUACCAGCACGUUUAUGGCAGCCGUAUUGUCGUCAGUACCAUGAACAAUUGUGGUCGCUUUGCACAAGCCUCCAUCUGUCCCACGGUAUUUGACUAUAUAUUUAUUGAUGAGUGUAAUAGCGCGAAGGAAAUUUCCGUCCUGGUACCAAUUGCUGGAAUCGGGACGACCUAUUCAGCAAUCAAUGCAAGCGUGAUACUUUCGGGUGAUCCGAAACAGCUUGGUCCUAUAAUUCACUGUGCAUAUCUCAAGCAAACUGUUCACCGGAAAUCCAUGCUAGAGCGUUUGAUGGGUCUUGAUAUAUACAGGCGAGAUCCUAGAACUGGUCAGUAUAAUGCAAAUGUUAUCACUAAUCUGAUAGACAGCUCGAUCGCAUGGCAGCCUAAUACAUCAUUCCAACGAUUGUUUCUACGGAAGUGAACUAAGGCCCCGGAUAAUGUCAUCCUCCACCGAGUGGGUGCUCCAUUGGAACUACUUGCCUAAUCCAAAAUUCCCCAUAAUUUUCCACUCUAUCUCCGGACUAACUCGGUUCGACAAGCGGUUGUACAGUUCGUACAACAAAGAAGAAGCGCAGACGGUGGUUUUGUACGUCAAGAAGAUGUUGUCAGAUGGAAUCAACGGACGAUCAAUCUCCGAGGAAGAUAUCGGUGUCGUGACCCCUUAUACAAAACAGGCGUCCUAUUUGCGAAAAAGCUUUCUCAAUAAUGACUGGCAGAACAUUGAGGUGGGAUCGGUCGAGCAGUAUCAAGGUCGCGAGAAACCGAUAAUGAUUCUAUCGACGGUACGCUCCAAUGACACAAAGGUGGGAUUUUUGUCAAACUGCAAGCGACUCAAUGUUGCCAUUACCCGUGCGCGUGCCCUAAUGAUUAUCAUUGGCAAUCCGGCAGCCUUGCAAUGUGACCCUCAUUGGUACCGCCUACUGCGGUACAUUAAGGAUAACAAAGGUUUAAGGGGAGGAAACUUUGCGCUUGAGAGAAUGGUGGUAGAUUUUUCGAAAACCCCAGCCGGUUUUGCGAUGGAGGAGGAUGAAUUUGCAUAAAAGUCAAAAUGUUAUUUACAUUAAG